AUGAAAUACCAACCGGCUAUUAUGAGCGCGUCGCUUGGACGGGCAUGGCUCCACAAUCUCCACUACAAGAUCGAACAAGCCGCCAAGGCCGGUUUCAAAGGAAUCGAGAUCUUUUACGAAGAUCUUGAUUAUGCCGCACGUGAGAUUUCCAAAGAUGACUCUCCAUCUGCAGGAGAUAUCCUCAGCGCUGCAGACCGUGUUCAUGAGGCCUGUCAAGCGCAGGGGCUCGAAGUGAUCGGCCUUCAGCCUUUCCUCUUCUACGAAGGUCUCAAGGACCGCGAACAACAAGCCAGACUGAUCGAGAAAAUGAAACUUUGGCUUCAAAUUGCCAAGCGACUCGGCACCAAUACGAUUCAAAUUCCUGCGAAUUUCCUGCCUGCAGAGCAGUUGACGGAUGACCUGGACGUUAUCGCUGCCGAUCUGCGACAGGUAGCUGACAUGGGUGCUGCCGAGAGUCCUGUUGUGCGCUUCGCCUACGAAAACUUGUGCUGGAGCACUUACAUCGACACUUGGGAGAAGGUAUGGGAGGUGGUGAAACGUGUUGAUAGGGCCAACUUUGGAAUGUGCCUAGAUACUUUCAAUAUCGCUGGGCGCGUUUGGGCGGAUCCAGCCGAUGUGACAGGAAAGACGCCAAACGCAGACGCAGAUCUGAAACUAUCCAUGGAGCAAAUGGUAAAGGAGGUUGAUGUAGCCAAGGUCUUCUACAUCCAAGUUGUCGAUGCUGAGCGUAUGGAAACCCCGUUGGUCCCUGGCCAUCCAUUCCAUGUUGACGGCCAACCAGCAAGGAUGAGCUGGUCUCGAAACGCAAGGACAUUCAUGUAUGAAAAAGACCGUGAUGCAUAUUUACCGGUGGAGGAUAUCGCGAGAACGGUCAUACAUGGGCUCGGGUAUGAGGGUUAUGUUUCAAUGGAGCUGUUUUCUAGGACCAUGGCCGAGACCGGUCAACAUGUUCCUGACGAGCAUGCUGCAAGGGGCAUCGCAGCUUGGAAGACUUUCCAACGCAACGUUCUGUGA